AUGAACAUCACUCCACCUACAGAAUUCUUCCUUUUCAGCCUCUCGGACGCUCCCGCACUCCGUCUUCCACUCUUCAUAUGCUUUCUUCUCAUUUAUCUGGUCACUAUCUCUGGAAACGCCAUGCUGUUAAGCGUCAUAGCGCUCAAUCCCCGUCUUCAAUCCCCAAUGUACCAGCUCUUAAGGAUCUUCUCUCUCAUGGACUUCUCAUUUUCCUCCACCACUGUCCCCAGUAUGUUGUCUACAAUGUUAAGCCAGGAAGCCAUCAUCUCCCUCCCCUCAUGCAUUACUCAGAUCUUUUUCUUUCACACCUUUGGAAAUAGUGAAAACUUGUUACUGUCUGUGAUGGCUUAUGACCGGUAUGUCGCUAUCUGCCACCCACUGAGAUAUUCGGCAAUCAUGAAUAGGCACACAUGCUUGACUAUGUGUAGCGUGUGUUGUGUGUGUGCUUCUUUACACGCGUUCCUCCAUGCUAUUGUGACAUCUUGGUUGGACUUUCAUCACCAAGAACAUAUACCUCACUUCUUCUGUGACAUCCCUCCACUCCUGGAGAUAUCUUCCUCCGACACAACAUUCAACCAACUUCUGAUCUUCACAGAAGGCUCCCUGGUGGCCCUGGUGCCUUCUUCACUUACCGUCCUUUCUUAUGUUCGUAUUAUCAUCUCUAUUCUUCGUAUUCGCUCAUCCACAGGUAGACAGAAGGCUUUUUCCACCUGUGCGUCCCACCUUAUGGUCUUCUUGCUCUUCUCCGCUUCGGCCGUCUCCAUGUAUUUCAGGUCUUCAUCUGUUUCGUCACCUCACAAGGAUAAAUUUGUCACUCUCCUGUAUACAGCAUUCACUCCCAUGUGUAAUCCUUACAUAUACUGUCUGAGAAACAAUGAAGUAAAAAUCACUCUCAAGAAGUGGUUGCCCUCGAACAAGUCAAAAUGA